AACAACAAAAACAAACCAUCCACGAAUCUGCUUCACUUCCGGCUUGGUUUCUAUUCGAAUUGUGUUUUGUUUGGCGACGUACAGGCAAACUAAUCGAUUUAAAAUCAUAUUAAUUUGUCCCUGUAUUGCAUUUUGUAUUCCAGGAGCACAUUACUGCAGCUGGACGCGCAGGAUUACAAGCUAAGUAGGCAGCUAUUCGAGUUAAAGUGAAAUAGUUUGUGAAGUGAUAGAAUUUGUUUUCUCCCUUCGAGUUCAAUGUGGGCGAUAAGCAGCCUGAUCCCAGCCCGGUUCCUCAGCCUUAUUGCCCACCUGGUCAUAGUCAUCACCAUACUCUGGUCAAGGGAGAACAAUGUGAAAGCUUGUCUGCCGCUGACCUAUACAGUCGAAGAAUAUAACAUAGAGGACAUGAGGCUGGUGGUGGCCUUAUCCGUGACCCUGGGCCUGUUUGCUAUAGAACUCAUUGGGUUUUUCUCCGGAGCGUCCAUGUUCAACAACAAUCAAGGACUUUUAUCUACAGCGUGUCAUGCAAGCGGCUCUGUUGCACUGCUUUUCUUUCUGUUUGAGCAGUGGACUUGCAGCAUUUACUGGUGGAUCUUUGGCUUCUGCAGUGUGAUCCCAGCCGUGUAUGAGAUGAUCCUGCUUAUUGCUGUUUUUGGUCUGAAGAAGAAGCCACUAUGAAUGCGUCAGUGCUAACAAAAUCUCCUUCAUGGGAUAAGUGAAGAUUAUGUUGCCAAGCAACAAGGUUAUCGGUGGUCUAUAUAAAAUUCAAAUAUGAAUAAUUUCUUCUUCUUCGAUUCAGAGUUCUAGUUCUGAUUAAAUGAAUAUCUCUCAGUGGAAGUUGAGUGUUAAGAAUUUUAUACCUUGUGUUUUGUGUUGCAUCGAUGAUUUGUGCUGGUUUUAUACAUUUUAUAGUAAAGUAUUUGUAUUCGCAGAAAAUUGUUUCAUAAGUGUUUCAGGAUGUUUUGAUACCCGAGUACAUACUUUAUUUUAAGUUGAACCAAUCAUGUUCACCCUGAACUCCUUUCCAAGUGGUGCAGAGAUCGAUUUUCAGCAUCAUGGUUUUUCACUGAAAACAGGCUUGACCAAAUGUGGAUUAAAUGUACAAAAAGCCUGUAGUCUGUGAAAAACCCUUCAGUGUGCCAGAAUUACUCGAGUUGCAGAAGUGAAGCCUACACUGUAAAAAAUGUAACUUGCAAAAUUGUUGAGUGAAAAAAGGAUUCUAAGUUGAAUGAACAAAUUUCCCUUCUAAUUGUUCAAAUAACUUAAAAAAAAAUAGUUGAGACGCCUUUCCUUCGCCACAAGUUCAUAGGAAUUGGAAAAUUACAACCCCGAUUCCAAAAAAGUUGGGACAAAGUACAGAUUGUAAAUAAAAACAGAAUGCAAUAAUUUACAAAUCUCAAAAACUGAUAUUGUAUUCACAAUAGAACAUAGACAACAUAUCAA